AUGCCAGCCUGGCGCUGGGUGCAGUGUCACUGGGGCCGUCCCGGGGACUGCUGCCCCGGCGUAGGCUGCCCGCUUGGCUCUCAGAAGCUCUCCCAACCCCAGGGACGCCGCGUCGAGGGCAGGGUAGCCCUGCAUGUGUCUUCCCCCAGCGCCCAGGCUCAUCGGUCCCGCCGCCACUGUCACACCUUGCUCGAGCCCUCGCCGCCACUUCUCCCGGGCACGGGCAAUCACCCCUCCACUAGGAACUGCCCGAGCCCCAACUCCGGCGGACGCAGCCCCCGCGCCCCCGGGCAGCGCUCGGCGCGGCGCGCUCACUCACCGCGGCUGGAGACACGGGGGAGUUCCCGGCUCUGCGGGGAGAGGGGUCGGGGGGUCAAAGGCGGGCCGCUGUUCCGAGCGCUGCCCGCUGCGAAGCUCGCAUCGCCCCCUCCUCCUCCCUCUUUCUCGCCUUGCGCUCCGUCCUCCCCUUCCUCCUCGUUCUGCUCUUUGUCUUUGCAAAGUGUCGAAACUGUCUGGCAUAGUGGAGCUCCGCCGGCGGGGGCUGGAGCGGGGAGCGCGGGAGGCGGGCUGAGGGUGGGAGCGGCCUCGGGAACACCUUCCCCCGGGCGCAGCGUGAGGCGGGGCGGGCGGCCCAGCCGGGAGCGGGGCCCGCCGGGGCGGGGCGGGCGCCGGGGCGGCCGCGGCCCGCCCCUUCCUCCGCCCAGCGCCCGCCCCCCGGGCCCCGCGUUCCCCCCCCGCCGCGCCCCCACCCGCGCCCGGCGCCUGCGGGCGGAAUUCGGAGCCCCGGGGUCACGUGGGCCGCCGCGGGCUCGGCGGAGGCUGCGCGGGGACCGGAUGGCCGCCCCAGAGGGGCUCUGCGGGCACAGCCCGGCGGUAUUCGCGCCAACGUCGCCGCUGCCCACCAGCCGGCCAGGCCAGGGGACAGCGGCCCGGGUCCGGUGGGACCAGCCUCAGGGGGGAGGCGGCGGGCGCGCACCGAGAGGACGUGUCGGGCCCCUGAAGAGCCUGGGCCCGGAAUACCGUAGCGGGAAGGGGCCGGCCCCCCUACUGGCGACUGGGCACAGCCACCGGCGUCCUCUCAGGGCGCGGGACUCGAGGAGGAAAGAGGCACAGCUUGGCCUAGGGGUCAGUUAUUCCAGCUGCCAUCGCGCCAGUCAUUCCUGUCGCAGUGGGACGGGAGAGCUCUGGAGACCAUCCUUUCUCAGGGAUGCUUCAGAUGCAGGUCAGCCGCAUCAGACUUCUUGGUUCAAAUCCUGCACUGCCACUCACUGAAUGUACGAUCCUGGGCUACGUACAGAAUUCCUAAGCUGAUUUAGCCCUGUGCCUCAGAUUCCUCAUCUGUGAAAACCAGCCUAAUCGCUGUGCAUCCCAUGAGGUUGUAGUGAGGAUCAAGUGAACGCAUACAUGGGGAGCCCUUGAAACUGCACUUAGCGCAUAGUAAAUGCUCAAUAAAAGUUGUGUGGAUGGUGUU